CGUGUAGCUACUUCUCAGUUUCUCUCGUGAAUGCCACUGCCAUGCACGGCCGUUCCUCUCCGGCUAUAAAUAUACAGACUCCCUCUCUCUAUUUAAUGUGUUCAUGUCAUCGUGAAGGGGUCGGCAGAAUUAAGGGAGGGGAAGAGAAAUGGAAGGGACGAAGGCAGUAGUGGUGGCGAUGGUGGUCGUUCAGGUGGUGUUCGCCGGAGUGAAUAUUUUCUACAAGCUGGCUUUGAACGAUGGCAUGGACACCAGGAUCCUGAUAGCCUACCGCUAUCUCUUCGCCACUGCCUUCUUGGCUCCUCUUGCUUUCUACUUAGAAAGGAAGAGUCGGCCGGAGAUGACAUGGAAGGUGUUGAUACUAAUUUUCUUUUCUGGAUUUUUCGGUGGUACUCUAUCCCAAAACUUGUACUUAUCAUGCAUUCGGCUUACAUCCGCAACCUUCGCCUCGGCAAUGACUAAUCUUAUUCCGGCAAUGACAUUUAUUUUGGCAAUCAUAUUCAGAUUGGAGAGCUUGGAAAUUGGAUCGAUCUCUGGACGAGCCAAGAUUUUCGGCACACUUACGGGUGUCGGUGGCGCUAUGCUUCUCACCUUCUACAAAGGGGUAGCCAUAGCUAUUUGGCCAACACACAUCGACCUCCUCGACUCUCAUCGCAAUGCAGUGGACCAAAGCUCAAGUGAUCAUGUCACGGGCUCAGUCUUGGCCAUCACGAGUUGCCUAAGCUAUGCAGUUUGGUUAAUCAUUCAGGACAAAAUUUGCAAAGUGUAUCCUUGUCACUACUCGAGCACAGCCCUGCUGUGCCUAAUGGCGGCUGUUCAAUCUGUUGCUUAUGCAUUUUGUGUGGAGAGAACUAUGUCCAGCUGGAAAAUGGGAUUUGAUAUCAGGUUUCUCACCGUUGCCUACUCGGGUGUAGUGGCAUCAGGACUGAUUCUUACAGUGAUGAGUUGGUGCAUCAAGAAGAAGGGGCCACUGUUUGCUUCAGUGUUCAACCCUUUGAUGCUUGUUAUCGUGGCAUUGUUGAGUUCCCUUUUGUUGAACGAGAAGUUGCACCUUGGAAGUGUAAUAGGGUCUGCCCUAAUUGUGGUAGGGUUGUAUGUGGUGCUUUGGGGGAAAGGGAGAGAGGUAGGGAAGGUGAGGGAAACUGCUGAGAAUUAUGACUUAUCAUCUAUGGGAAUAGUUGUCGAUUCAGCAGCUUCAAACACAACUGGUUUCCAAGAAGAGAAGAAACAGAUAAUCCAUUUGGGUGGUGAAUGGGAGCAUAGAUUGAUACCUCCCAAGUAAAAAAAAAAAAGACAAUUCUUUGUUCUUUGUCUUUUAUGCCUGUGUAACUAUGUAAAAGGUGGUAGUUAUAUUUCAAUUUAUUGUUGGGGAAGUCCCAACACAUUAUU